UCUAUACCAUAGAAUUGGAAAAAGUGAAAGAAUUUCAUGGAUUCACUGAUUUCUGCGACACAUUCACUUUGACCAAAGGAAAAAAUGUGGACGAGGAUGAGGACAAUUUCGCCGGUGAAUUCAAAGGCAGUUUCCGUAUGUAUGAUCUACCGGAAGACCCGACAGCUCCACUCCCAAUGCGUUAUUUCGACCAGGGCGCAGUGUCCACGGAUCCGGAGGAGGUUAUUGUUCGAGUGUAUGUGGUUCGCGGAAUCGAUUUGCAACCAACCGAUUCAUCUGGCCUGGCCGAUCCAUAUGUGGAGGUACGAGUUGGAGACAAGAAAGAAGAUUCGAAGAAGAACUACAUACCGAACACACUUAACCCGGAAUUCGGUCGCAUGUUCCAGCUACGAUGUCGUUUGCCAAUUGAGAAAGAUCUACGCAUUCGUGUUAUGGACUACGAUGUGAUCGGAGCGGAUGAUAUCAUCGGUGAGACACAGAUUGAUUUGGAGAAUCGUCGACUGACCAAAUAUCGUGCUACUUGUGGUAUACCACAAUCCUAUUCCAUCUCUGGACCGAAUCAGUGGCGUGAUUCCAAGGUGCCUACCGCGUUGCUUGAGGACGUGUGCAAAUCGUACAAUUUACCUCCGCCCCAAUACGACGAACCGAUCGAUACGAAUUUACCAAUCACUUGUCGCGUGGGUAAUCGAAACUUCCAAUUGGAUCAGUUCGAACGGGGUUUGGUGAAAAAUGCCCAUUUGGGACCGGCCAAAGAGCGUCUGGCUUUGCAUGUGCUCAACAUGUUGCCCAUCGUGAAAGAACAUGUUGAAACCCGGUCCCUCUUCAGUUCACUCCAACCGAAUACUCCGCAGGGUCAACUGCAAAUGUGGGUUGACAUGUUUCCGGUUUCGCUCGGCGAACCGGGCCCGGCUGUGGAUAUCACACCUCGUGUGCCGGACGAAUAUGUGCUGCGUAUUGUUGUCUGGAACACGUACGAUGUCGUACUUCAGGAGGCCAAUAUAUUUGGCGAAAGAAUGUCCGACAUUUAUGUCAAAGGUUGGAUAUCCGGCGUGGAUGAACGUCAAAAAACCGACGUCCACUAUCGUUCACUGGACGGAGAGGGCAAUUUCAAUUGGCGUUUUGUCUUCCCCUUCCUCUACAUCCCCAGUGAGAAUAUGGUCGUGGUAAAGAAAAAGGAGCAUUUCUGGUCCUUGGAUGAGACUGAGACACGCUGUCGACCGGCACUAGUCAUGCAAGUUUGGGACAAUGACCUGUUCAAUCCGGACGACUUUCUGGGCACACUGGAGCUCCAGUUGUCCAAUAUGCCAUCUCCGGCGAAAAAUGCCAAGUCCUGCACACUGAAUAUGAUGAACUCCGUCAGCCAGGAUACAAAAAUGGUGAAUCUGUUUGACUGUAAACGAUUGAAAGGAUGCUGGCCGUUUAUGAAUGAGGAGAACGGAAAUCAGGUUCUUACGGGUAAAAUUGAGAUGGAAAUGGAAAUCGUGACGAAAGCGGAAGAAGCACUCCGACCGGCCGGACGGGCGCGUGAAGAUCCGAACGCAAACCCGCAUCUCGAGCCACCGAAUUUGUCACUCAAUAAAAUCCUCUCUAAUUCUGCGGAAUUUACGAAAGAUCAUAACUUUUCUCACAUUAUGUUGCCCAUGAUGCAGUCGACCGGAAACUUCCUUCCUUUGGUUCACAUCCCCUUGGAAGACUUUCAAAUUCAUUGUGUGGAAGAAGUGCAAAUGGGUGUUCAUUGGCAUCAUCAUCGCUAUCCUGGUUGGCUUGCUGAUCGCCCUGUUCAUCUACGCCAUCCCGGUGAGUGCAUUUCGUUUUAA